CGGCAUCAGCCAGCAUCGCUUGGUUUCGACAGCACUCCCAUCCACAUCCCACCCCUACCACAGCAGUCUGUCCACCAUUUUCAAGCUUUAACCGCCACCAACACCGCCGCUCCACCAUUUCUGCAUAAACUCUCACAUAUAUAUAUCAAUUCUGCGAAACCCAAUCAACCGUCUCCCCCUCCACGGCCAUAAGCACACCUCUACGUCUAUGUCUUCUCCAACCUUCAGAGUCUGAAUGGAAGACAAGGAGCUGACUCUCCUCUCUCGCCUGGCGAUUAAUCACCUGUUCCUCAACCAGUUCGAGCCCUUCCGCGCCAUCCUCCUCACCCUCCACCGCCGCGACUCAGCCCUUGCCCUCACCAUCCUCCACUCCAUCCUCGUCCACGCCUCUCACCGCCUUAACACCUCCGUCCUAUGGUCUCCCUCCUGUCCAUCCCCCUCCUUCCUCUCCUGGCUAUCCUCCCACCUGCUCCUCCACUUCCAUAACUCCCAAAGUAAGAACGCCCAAAACAAAAGCAUCCAAAACGACAUAGUUCCAUGCCUCGAUCCGGACUCCCUCUGGCUCCGUGCCGAGUUUCUCUUGUACACCCAUGUCAUAAAAUCCAGAAUUUUGAAUAUCAGUGACCUCAAGCUUGAUGUGGAAAGCGCUGAAAGAAGCAUUGCGGAAAAGGGUUUUGAGUGUUUUGGGGUUUUGGAUCGGAUUGCAGAUAUCGGGUUCAAGAGGUUGAGGGAUGAUGUUUUUGCUGUUUGUAGUGCUGGGGGUGGUGGUCAGGAUGAGGAGAGGGAAGGUGCGGAGAGUUUUGGUGCUGGGGAAUUUGAGGAGAGAGAGUUGAUGUGGUUCAGAAAGGCAGUCUUGGAACAUGGGGCAGCUGAUGUUUUUGAAGCUUUGUGCUGGAAUAUUCAGAAGCAAAUUCGGUUGUGUGAGAGUUGUGAUUCGCGCUUAGCUAUUACUAUAAAGAGUGAUGAGAAUUGGAGUUCCAAAGAUGAUGAUCUUGAGGUUUUCCGGAUGAUUUUGAGGAAUGUGCAGAUGGCACAUUUGGAUGCUAUGAAGGAAUGCAUGGAGAAGGGUGAUGUAGAAGGAGCAGUUGCUCAUAUUCGUUUUCUUCACUUAGAUUAUGGAUUAUCAGAGGCUGAAUAUCGCAUGGUUCUGCAAUAUCUUCUCAAGGGAGUUCUGUUAGGGGGAGAGGUUUGUGGAGAAACUUGGCAUGCCACCCAAGAAAAAUUGCUCAGAAUUUAUGGUGAAGCUCUUUCCUCCAGUUGCACUCUACUUGUUCAAAUGAUUCAGGCUAUUCAGGAUGAGUUAAUAUCUGGAGAAAUUGAGAGUUGUAGAGAUCCUGAUGGCAACCAAAUUCCUCCAACUCUCAAGCGACUUCAAAGGUAUUUUGUAGAAGUGGCGGCUGAUACAAAUUCAAAUGACAUGCUAUUGCCCUCCAAGAUGGCACUCCAUUCUUGCAUGAGAGACAUGUAUCAUUAUGCUCGUGUUUCUGGAUUGCACAUGCUUGAAUGUGUUAUGGACACUGUUCUAUCUGCUGUGAAGAGGGAGCAGCUUCAGGAAGCUAGCAAUAUUCUUACAUUGUUUCCCCGACUUCAGCCCCUGGUAGCUGUCAUGGGUUGGGAUCUUUUGUCUGGUAAAACAAUGGCGAGAAGGAAAUUAAUGCAACUUCUAUGGACAAGUAAGUCGCAAGUAUUUCGGCUGGAGGAAUCUUCUUUAUAUGGUAACCAAUCAGAUGAGAUAUCUUGCAUUGAACAUCUUUGCGAUUCUUUAUGUUAUCAACUUGAUCUUGCCUCUUUUGUUGCCUGUGUCAAUGCUGGUCAAUCAUGGAGUUCAAAAUCCUCGUUACUAUUAUCUGGAAAAGAGCAAGUGCCAUUUCCAAAUGAAGAUGCCCGUUCGGAUCCUUUUGUUGAGAACUUUGUGCUUGAAAGAUUAUCAGUCCAAAGUCCUCUUCGGGUAUUGUUUGAUGUAGUUCCUGGCAUAAAAUUUCAAGAAGCCAUUGAGCUUAUUAGUAUGCAGCCAAUUGCUUCUACUGCAGCAGCUUGGAAGAGGAUGCAGGAUGUUGAACUUAUGCACAUGCGUUAUGCUCUGGAAUCUGCUGUUCUUGGGCUAGCAGAUAUGGAAAGGAGUAUGGCUGAUGAAACAGAAAGCCAACAGAUGGGCUUAUGCUACCUGAAAGAUUUGCGGAACCAUUUGGAGGCCAUUUCUAGCAUUCCACGCAAGAUAUUUUUGGUGAACAUUAUAAUCUCACUUUUACAUAUAGAUGGUCUCUCUCUCAAUCUGACAGAGUGUGUCUCAUCAAAGAGCUCUAGUGAAUUGUCUUAUGAGUAUGCUGGGGAGAGUACCGAUUUUACUGUGAAUGAAGGGGGAAACAAAAUGGUUGUUUCUUUCACUGGGAUGCUACUUGAUAUUUUACGUUGCUAUCUGCCGUCAGCUUUGUCUGAGCAAGAUUGUGGAUUGGGUGAUGGCAUGACUGAAGGUGGAAAACAUGUUUUAGAGUGGAGAAUUUCAAAAGCUAAACAUUUCAUUGAAGAUUGGGAAUGGCGUCUGUCGAUUUUGCAACGUCUUCUGCCAUUAUCUGAACGUCAAUGGAGCUGGAAGGAGGCAUUGACUGUAUUACGUGCAGCACCAUCUAAGCUUCUUAACCUUUGCAUGCAAAGGGCAAAGUAUGAUAUUGGAGAAGAGGCUGUUCAUCGUUUUUCCUUACCUCCAGAAGAUAAGGCUACUCUUGAAUUAGCUGAAUGGGUGGAUGGUGCCUUUAAAAGAACAUCUGUUGAAGAUGCGGUUUCUCGUGCUGCUGAUGGGACUUCUGCUGUACAGAAUUUAGAUUUUUCCUCUUUACGCUCUCAGCUGGGCCCUUUGUCUGCAAUUCUUCUUUGCAUUGAUGUUGCUGCGACUUCUGCAAGGUCUACAAGUAUGUCCCAGCAGCUCCUGAGUCAGGCGCAAAUUAUGCUAUCUGAGAUAUAUCCAGGUGGCUCUCCGAAGACUGGUUCCACUUACUGGGAUCAGAUCCUUGAAAUAGGGCUAAUUUCUGUAACAAGACGCCUUCUCAAGUGUCUCUUGGAGUUCUUAGAACAGGAUAAACCUCCAAGCAUUCAGGCCAUUUUAUCUGAGGUUAUCAUUUCAACAUCAAAGGAGACUCAUCGGCAAGGUCAAAGGGAACGUGCUCUUGCUCUGUUACAUCAGAUGAUUGACGAUGCUCACAAGGGGAAGCGGCAGUUUUUAAGUGGUAAGCUUCAUAAUCUUGCAAGAGCUGUUGCUGAUGACGAAAAAGAUGCUAAUCCAGUCAAAGGGGAAGGUUCAUCUACUGAUAGGAAGCUUCUUUUAAACUUUGACAAUGAUGUGGUUGUUGGGCUUGGGCUAAAAGGUACCAAACAGACAAUCUCUUUAACAGCUGGGGAAAAUAAUGCGCCGCCCAUUGGUUUUGAUAUGAAGGACACUGGAAAGAGAUUAUUUGGUCCCUUAACUUCCAAGCUCACAACAUACCUCUCACAAUUCAUACUACAUAUUGCUGCAAUUGGUGACAUAGUUGAUGGGACUGACACAACUCAUGAUUUCAAUUUUUUCUCACUUGUGUAUGAGCAGCCGAAUGAUCUAUUAACUCGUCUGGUCUUUGACCGAGGAAGCACUGAUGCAGCUGGAAAGAUUGCAGAAAUUAUGUGUGCUGACUUUGUCCAUGAAGUUAUCUCUGCAUGUGUACCUCCUGUUUAUCCUCCAAGAUCUGGUCAUGGAUGGGCAUGCAUGCCUGUGAUUCCUACCUGUCCUCGGAGUAGCCCCGAAAAUAAAGUGUUUUCUCCUUCUUCAAAGGAAACUAAUUCUAAUUAUUACAGCCAUACGUCAGCAACACCAGGAAUGCCUCUGUACCCUCUCCAAUUGGAUAUAGUAAAGCAUUUGGUUAAGUUAUCUCCAGUAAGGGCCGUCUUAGCAUGUGUUUUUGGCAGUAGUAUGUUGUAUGAUGGCAAUGACUCCUCCAUCUCUACUUCCUUGAACAAUGGAUCGCCGCAGUCACCUGAUGCCGACAGGUUGUUCUACGAGUUUGCUCUUGAUCAAUCAGAGAGGUUCCCAACUUUGAAUCGUUGGAUUCAAAUGCAAACUAACCUUCAUCGAGUUUCUGAGUUUGUCAUAACAGCUAAGCAUGCAACUGAUGUUGGCAAGGUUAACUGUAAAGCGAGAGCUGCUAGUAAACGACUCCGUGAAUAUGGCAGUGAUACUGAAUCAGAGGUUGAUGACAUUGUUGUUGGGAGUAACAUUCCAACAGUUUUGCCAGACCAUAGCAGUCAAGGUGGUGUGGGCCUUGAACCUUGGCACUGUUACUCAAAACCUGAAGUUGCAGAACACGAUUCAACAGUUUUCCUUUCUUUUGAUUGGGAGAAUGAGGAACCUUAUGAGAAAGCUGUGGAACGUUUAAUUGAUGAUGGAAAAUUAAUGGAUGCUCUUGCACUUUCGGAUCGUUUUUUACGCAAUGGAGCAUCAGAUCAUUUACUUCAGUUACUUAUUGAACAUGGAGAAGAAAACCCAUCAAUAUCUACACAAGUCCAUGGUUAUGGAGGUCAUGGUAUUUGGAGUAAUAGCUGGCAGUACUGCCUUCGGUUGAAGGAUAAACAACUGGCUGCUAGACUUGCACUCAAGUAUUUACACAGAUGGGAACUAAAUCCUGCAUUGGAUGUUCUCACCAUGUGCAGCUGCCACAUGCCACAAGAUGCCCCAGUUAGAAAUGAGGUUUUGCAAAUGAGACAGGCUUUGCAGAGGUAUGAUCACAUUUUAUGUGCAGAUGGUCAAUAUAGAAGCUGGCAGCAGGUUGAAGCUGACUGUAAAGAGGACCCUGAAGGCUUGGCACUUAGAUUAGCUGGAAAAGGAGCUGUUUCUGCUGCUUUGGAAGUGGCUGAAAGUGCGGGGUUGUCAAUAGAUCUGCGGAGGGAACUACAAGGUCGACAGCUUGUGAAGCUUCUUACUGCAGAUCCUCUAAAUGGCGGAGGUCCAGCAGAAGCUUCGCGCUUUCUUUCUUCACUCCGUGACUCUGAUGAUGCUCUUCCGGUUGCAAUGGGGGCUAUGCAGCUCUUGCCUAACUUGCGGUCUAAACAACUCCUUGUUCAUUUUUUCCUGAAGCGAAGAGAAGGUAACCUGUCAGAUGCUGAGGUUUCCCGGCUUAACUUGUGGGCCUUAGGCCUUCGUGUUUUGGCUGCAUUGCCGCUGCCAUGGCAGCAAAGGUGUUCUUCACUGCAUGAGCACCCUCAUUUGAUUCUGGAGGUUUUAUUGAUGAGGAAACAACUGCAAUCCGCUUCUCUGAUUCUUAAAGAAUUUCCUUCAUUGAGGGAGAACACAUUAAUUAUUGCAUAUGCUGCCAGAGCUAUUGCUGUCAGCCUUACCUCUCCCUCCAGGGACCAUCGGAUAUCCAUUACCGGUUCAAGAACAAAACAGAAAACAAGAGCAGGUGUUCCUGCCAGGUCUUCCUUUACUAACAGUCUAAGUAAUCUGCAAAGAGAGGCUCGUAGAGCUUUUUCUUGGGCACCUCGAAACACUGGAGACAAGACUGCUCCGAAAGAUGUUUACAGGAAAAGGAAGAGUUCUGGAUUGACCCCGUCAGAAAGAGUUGCUUGGGAAGCAAUGACUGGUAUUCAGGAGGAUCGUGCUUCAUCAUAUACUGCAGAUGGCCAAGAACGGCUUCCUUCCAUAUCAAUUGCUGAAGAAUGGAUGCUCACAGGUGAUGCAUGUAAGGAUGAAGUUGUUCGUUCAUCUCACCGAUAUGAAAGUGCUCCUGAUUUUAAUCUCUUUAAGGCACUGCUUUCUUUGUGUUCUGAUGAGUUGGUGUCAUCCAAAGGAGCAGUUGAUUUGUGCAUUAAUCAGAUGAAAAAUGUGUUGAGCCACCAGCAGUUGCCUGAGAAUGCAUCAAUGGAAACUAUUGGUAGAGCUUAUCAUGCCAUGGAGACUUUUGUUCAGGGACUACUUUAUGCUAAAUCCCUACUGCGAAAGCUUGCUGGGGGCAAUGACUUGUCUAGCAAUUCUGAAAGAAGCAGGGAUGCUGAUGAUGCAUCCUCUGAUCCUGGCAGCUCUAGUUUGGGCAGCCAGUCUACAGAUGAGCUUUCUGAGGUCUUGUCGAAGGCGGAAACUUGGCUAGGGCGCGCUGAGCUGCUGCAGAGCCUCCUAGGUUCAGGAAUUGCUGCUUCUCUUGAUGAUAUUGCUGACAAAGAAUCAUCUGCGCGGCUCCGUGACAGGUUAAUUGUGGAUGAACGUUACAGCAUGGCUGUAUAUACUUGCAAGAAGUGCAAGAUUGAUGCUUUCCCCGUAUGGAAUGCAUGGGGCCAUGCUUUGAUUCGGAUGGAGCGCUAUGCACAAGCUCGUGUUAAGUUUAAGCAAGCUUUACAGUUGCAUAAGGGUGAUCCUGCACCUGUCAUUCUAGAGAUAAUUAAUACAAUUGAAGGAGGGCCACCAGUUGAUGUCUCAGCUGUUCGUUCUAUGUAUGAUCAUUUGGCUAAAAGUGCACCAACAAUCUUGGAUGAUUCCCUUUCUGCUGAUUCAUAUCUCAAUGUCUUGUACAUGCCUUCUACAUUUCCUCGUUCUGAGAGAUCCAGGCGAUCUCAAGAAUCUGCCAAUAAUAAUCCCGUUGAUAGUGAAGAUUUUGAAGAUGGACCCCGCAGCAACUUUGAUAGCAUUCGAUACCUUGAGUGUGUUAACUACUUACAAGAAUAUGGGCGUCAGCACUUGCUGAGUUUUAUGUUCAAGCAUGGCCAUUAUAAGGAUGCUUGCAUGUUGUUCUUUCCUGUAAACACUGUUCCUCCACCUGCUCAGCCAUCUUCAGUUGGGGUAGUUUCUUCAUCUUUGUCCCCUCAAAGAUUGGAUCCUCUGUCUACUGACUAUGGAACCAUUGAUGAUUUAUGCGACCUAUGCAUUGGAUAUGGUGCAAUGUCUGUUUUGGAGGAAGUCAUAUCAACAAGAAUGUCAUCUGGCGGACAGCAAGAUGUAGCACUAAACCAGCAUACAGCUGCAGCUCUUGCUCGUAUUUGCAUCUAUUGUGAAACUCAUAAGCAUUUCAAUUAUCUGUACAAGUUUCAGGUGAUCAAGAAGGACCACGUUGCUGCUGGACUUUGCUGUAUUCAGCUAUUUAUGAAUUCAUCUUUGCAAGAAGAAGCCGUGAGACAUUUGGAACAUGCCAAGAUGCAUUUUGAAGAAGGGUUGUCAGCACGAUAUAAAACUGGAGAUUCUACUAAGCUCGUCACCAAGGGUGUCCGAGGAAAAAAUGCCUCUGAAAAGCUUACUGAGGAAGGACUAGUCAAAUUUUCUGCUCGGGUAUCAAUCCAGGUGGAUGUGGUGAGAUCCUUUAACGAUACAGAUGGGCCACAGUGGAAAUAUUCUCUUUUUGGAAAUCCAAAUGACCCUGAAACUUUCAGAAGGAGGUGUAAGAUUGCAGAGACUCUUGCUGAAAAAAAUUUUGAUUUGGCUUUCCAAGUGAUCUACCAAUUCAACCUUCCUGCUGUUCAUAUUUAUGCUGGUGUUGCUGCAUCACUUGCUGAGAGAAAAAGGGGUGGUCAAUUGACAGAGUUCUUUAGAAACAUUAAAGGAACAAUUGAUGAUGAUGAUUGGGACCAGGUCUUGGGAGCAGCAAUAAAUGUUUAUGCUAACAGACACAAAGAGCGCCCUGACCGUCUCAUAGACAUGUUGACUAGUAGCCACAGAAAGGUUCUUGCUUGUGUUGUUUGUGGUCGUCUAAAGAGCGCCUUCCAAAUUGCUUCAAGAAGUGGAAGUGUGGCUGAUGUUCAAUAUGUUGCACACCAGGCAUUGCAUGCAAAUGCACUCCCCGUGCUUGACCUGUGUAAACAAUGGCUGGCUCAAUACAUGUGAUAAGUCACUUGGAUGAUCGUUGUGGAUUUGACAAAAUCCUUUCCAAUAUGCAUAGUUUGGUGAGUUUUUGGUACGCUAGCAAGAAAUUCCAUGGAGCUCAUAGCUUUGCUCAAGCAGUACACAUGUUGCUACAUGCCACCCAACAUUGGCCAUUCCCAUGAUUCAUUUAUGCUUCUUUAGAAGCAACAGUUUCUGGCUGCAUUGGUGUUUACUCCUCAAGAUGCCUCCAGCAAUCUGGCAUUUUCAAGUGCUGCUUGUGAACUCUCUAAGUUGGCUGAGUUUCUGAAUAUUGGUUUUCUUAUUGCAGUCCCCACAGAAUGAAUGGGUAGUGAGUAGAAAUUGAAUCCCAAGUGAAUCAGUUUUUGCCCCGAAGCAUUACCAGAGCUGUUGUUGACGCAGUUGUUUUAGUGCAAACAAUGAAAAGUUCUACCGAAGUUUCUUGUACAGAUGCUAUAUUCAUGCUGUGGAAUACUGCGACAGUUCUUUGCCCUCUAUAGCAAUGAAUUUUUUUCUCUAAACAACUGCAAUAAAUUGAUGAAGAAUGCACAUGUAAAUACAUGGAAUUGGAACAGAAGUAUACAAAUUGGUGGAAUUGGACAAAAGUAUACCCUUUUGUGCCUCUCUGAACCAAGUUUUGUUUACAUGGUUUGUGGAUGUAUUUUAGUUUUCCUGGAUAUUUUCUUUCGAAUAA